GUGACCGCCUGGGGAGUCAGGGGCGGAAGUCGGGGUCUGACCCGCUCCAGGUCCGGGACUGCGGAUAGAAGAGAACCGCCGCCGUGAGGGAGGGGUGGAAACUGGGUGCCGGCUCCGCGCGCGACCUCCGGCCCUGCGCGUGCGCCGCUGGCGCGGCCCGGCUGACAGGAAGCACCGUUCAGCUGCUUGGUCCGAAUCUCAUCCUUCCAAGUUUCCGGGAACACUGCUGUAUGGAUGUCGUCGUUAUUUCUCUUUGCUUUUGAGAAAUCUGAAAGGCUAGUAGUGAGGACUUUUACAGGCUGACAGACCUGGAUUUGCAUUCUAGUUAUGCCAUGGGCUGUGAGUUUGGGCAAGUCAUUGCUGCUCGCUGCGCCUUAAUGCCUUCACCUGUGACAUACUGAUGUCAAAAUCCUUUGCAUUUGGGGGAAAAAAAAAAGUUCCCAGGGCCCUGAUUCCUGGGAUCGGAAUCAGGAUUAUGAUCGGACAGGAAAAAGAAAAAAAGUCACAGAGCCAUAAAACUGGGUCUCCUGAUUGCAAGCGCAUGGAGCUCCCUCAAACACAGGUUCUUUAAUGGAGGAGCCAAUCUCUCUGCACACCUGGUUUCAUCUAAUAAUAUACAGACACCAGCUCUGAGGCCAGUUAAUCAUCCCCAGUGUCCAGGCACAGAGUAGUCGGUCCGCCUCACAAUGUUGGACUUUCUAGCCGAGAACAACCUCUGUGGCCAAGCAAUCCUAAGGAUUGUUUCCUGUGGUAAUGCCAUCAUUGCUGAACUUUUGAGACUCUCUGAGUUUAUUCCUGCUGUGUUCAGGUUAAAAGACAGAGCUGAUCAACAGAAAUAUGGAGAUAUCAUAUUUGAUUUCAGCUAUUUUAAGGGUCCGGAAUUAUGGGAAAGCAAACUGGAUGCUAAGCCAGAGCUACAGGAUUUAGAUGAAGAAUUUCGUGAAAACAACAUAGAAAUUGUGACCAGAUUUUAUUUAGCAUUUCAAAGUGUACAUAAAUAUAUUGUAGACUUAAACAGAUAUCUAGAUGAUCUCAAUGAAGGGGUUUAUAUUCAGCAAACCUUAGAAACUGUGCUUCUCAAUGAAGAUGGAAAACAACUUCUAUGUGAAGCACUGUACUUAUAUGGAGUUAUGCUACUGGUCAUUGACCAAAAGAUUGAAGGAGAAGUCAGAGAGAGGAUGCUGGUUUCUUACUACCGAUACAGUGCUGCUCGAUCUUCUGCUGAUUCAAAUAUGGACGAUAUUUGUAAGCUGCUUCGAAGUACAGGUUAUUCUAGCCAACCAGGUGCCAAAAGACCAUCCAACUAUCCCGAGAGCUAUUUCCAGAGAGUGCCUAUCAACGAAUCCUUCAUCAGUAUGGUCAUUGGUCGACUGAGAUCUGAUGAUAUUUACAACCAGGUCUCAGCAUAUCCUUUGCCGGAGCAUCGCAGCACAGCCCUGGCAAACCAAGCUGCCAUGCUGUACGUGAUUCUCUACUUUGAGCCUUCCAUCCUUCACACCCAUCAAGCAAAAAUGAGAGAGAUAGUGGAUAAAUACUUUCCAGAUAAUUGGGUAAUUAGUAUUUACAUGGGGAUCACAGUUAAUCUAGUAGAUGCUUGGGAACCUUACAAAGCUGCAAAAACUGCUUUAAAUAAUACCCUGGACCUUUCAAAUGUCAGAGAACAGGCAAGCAGAUAUGCUACUGUCAGUGAAAGAGUGCAUGCUCAAGUGCAGCAAUUUCUAAAAGAAGGUUAUUUAAGGGAGGAGAUGGUUCUGGACAAUAUCCCAAAGCUUCUGAACUGCCUGAGAGACUGCAAUGUUGCCAUCCGAUGGCUGAUGCUUCAUACAGCAGACUCAGCCUGUGACCCAAACAACAAACGCCUUCGUCAAAUCAAGGACCAGAUUCUAACAGACUCUCGGUACAAUCCCAGGAUCCUCUUCCAGCUGCUGUUGGAUACUGCACAAUUUGAGUUUAUACUCAAAGAGAUGUUCAAGCAAAUGCUUUCAGAAAAGCAAACCAAAUGGGAGCAUUACAAGAAAGAGGGUUCGGAGCGGAUGACUGAGCUUGCUGAUGUCUUUUCAGGAGUGAAACCCCUAACCAGAGUGGAGAAAAAUGAAAACCUUCAAGCUUGGUUCAGAGAGAUCUCAAAACAAAUAUUGUCUUUAAAUUAUGAUGAUUCUACUGCUGCAGGCAGAAAAACUGUACAACUGAUACAAGCUUUGGAAGAGGUUCAAGAAUUCCACCAGUUGGAAUCCAAUCUGCAAGUAUGUCAGUUUCUUGCCGAUACUCGAAAGUUUCUUCAUCAAAUGAUCAGAACCAUUAACAUUAAAGAGGAGGUUCUGAUCACAAUGCAGAUCGUUGGGGACCUUUCUUUCGCUUGGCAGUUGAUUGACAGUUUCACAUCCAUCAUGCAAGAAAGCAUAAGGGUAAAUCCAUCCAUGGUUACUAAACUCAGAGCUACCUUCCUAAAGCUUGCCUCUGCCCUCGAUCUGCCCCUUCUUCGUAUUAAUCAGGCAAAUAGCCCCGAUCUGCUCAGCGUGUCGCAGUACUAUUCUGGAGAGUUGGUAUCCUAUGUGAGAAAAGUUUUGCAGAUCAUCCCAGAAAGCAUGUUUACAUCUCUUCUAAAGAUCAUAAAGCUUCAGACCCACGAUAUUAUUGAAGUGCCUACCCGCCUGGACAAAGACAAGCUGAGGGACUAUGCUCAGCUAGGCCCACGAUACGAGGUUGCCAAGCUUACUCAUGCUAUUUCCAUUUUUACUGAAGGCAUCUUAAUGAUGAAAACGACUUUGGUUGGCAUCAUCAAGGUGGAUCCAAAGCAGUUGCUGGAAGAUGGAAUAAGGAAAGAGCUUGUGAAGCGCGUUGCCUUUGCCCUGCAUAGGGGACUGAUAUUCAACCCUCGGGCCAAGCCAAGUGAAUUGAUGCCCAAGCUGAAAGAGUUGGGAGCGACCAUGGAUGGAUUCCAUCGUUCUUUUGAAUACAUACAGGACUAUGUCAACAUUUAUGGUCUGAAGAUUUGGCAGGAAGAAGUAUCUCGUAUUAUAAAUUACAAUGUGGAGCAAGAGUGUAAUAACUUUCUAAGAACGAAGAUUCAAGAUUGGCAAAGCAUGUACCAGUCCACUCAUAUUCCAAUACCCAAGUUUACCCCUGUGGAUGAGUCUGUAACGUUUAUUGGUCGACUCUGCAGAGAAAUCCUGCGGAUCACAGACCCAAAAAUGACAUGUCACAUAGACCAGCUGAACACUUGGUAUGAUAUGAAAACUCAUCAGGAAGUGACCAGCAGCCGCCUCUUCUCAGAAAUCCAGACCACCUUGGGAACCUUUGGUCUAAAUGGCUUAGACAGGCUUCUGUGCUUUAUGAUUGUAAAAGAGUUACAGAAUUUCCUCAGUAUGUUUCAGAAAAUUAUCCUGAGAGACAGAACUGUUCAGGACACUUUAAAAACCCUCAUGAAUGCUGUCAGUCCCCUAAAAAGUAUUGUCGCAAAUUCAAAUAAAAUUUAUUUUUCCGCCAUUGCCAAAACACAGAAGAUUUGGACUGCGUAUCUCGAGGCUAUAAUGAAGGUUGGGCAGAUGCAGAUUCUGAGACAACAGAUUGCCAAUGAAUUAAAUUAUUCUUGUCGGUUUGAUUCUAAACAUCUGGCAGCUGCUCUGGAGAAUCUCAAUAAGGCUCUCCUAGCAGACAUUGAAGCCCACUAUCAGGACCCUUCACUUCCUUACCCCAAAGAAGAUAACACACUUUUAUAUGAAAUCACAGCCUAUCUGGAGGCAGCUGGCAUUCACAACCCACUGAAUAAGAUAUACAUAACAACAAAGCGCUUACCCUAUUUUCCAAUUGUAAACUUUCUAUUUUUGAUCGCUCAGUUGCCAAAACUUCAAUACAACAAAAAUCUGGGAAUGGUCUGCCGAAAACCGACCGACCCGGUUGAUUGGCCACCACUUGUCCUGGGACUGCUCACUCUGCUGAAGCAGUUCCAUUCCCGGUACACCGAGCAGUUCCUGGCGCUGAUUGGCCAGUUUAUCUGCUCCACGGUGGAGCAGUGUACAAGCCAGAAGAUACCUGAAAUUCCUGCAGAUGUUGUGGGUGCCCUUCUGUUCCUGGAGGAUUAUGUUCGGUACACAAAGCUACCCAGGAGGGUUGCUGAAGCACAUGUGCCUAAUUUCAUUUUUGAUGAGUUCAGAACAGUGCUGUAACUGUUUUUUCCUACUUCUUCAAUGGAAGGAUUGUCCUUAGAUCUUCCCACCAUCACUAAAAUGAAUUUGAAGAUGAAAAGAAACUCAGUUGCUCAUACAACUGCAUUUUUUGCUGUCUAUUAUGGGAAACAUCAGACGUUCUGAGUAAGAUAUAUCUCAUGGCAUUAGUUAAUAUAACUGAUAUUGUUUAAAUCAUGGUAUUACAUGCAAUUUAUAUCAUGUAAAAGCAGAACACAUUUUUGUACUGCCUCUCUUAAAUGCUGAAUGUAACUGUUAUGUAUAAAUCCAUUUAGUUUUAUGUUCUAAAGAACUAUUUGUGCAACUCCAGAUUUUCAGUAAAAUAGUAUUAUUACUAGUA